AUGGAUAAGAACGACCUGGUGCAGAAAGCCAAGCUGGCAGAGCAGGCCGAGCGCUACGACGACAUGGCGGCUGCCAUGAAGGCGGUGACGGAGCAGGGCCUGGAGCUCAGCAACGAGGAGCGCAACCUGCUCUCCGUGGCCUAUAAGAACGUGGUAAGGCAUCCGGCGGCUUACCUCUUUAAUCUUCCCCCCCCCAUAGAGCAGAGCUCCCGCCUCAGUGGGACGACCGUUGGGCUGGACGAGCAGGAAAUGGAAGGCAGAAACCUCAAUUUGGUGGGGGCCCGCCGCUCGUCCUGGCGCGUCAUCUCCAGCAUCGAGCAGAAGACGGAGGGCAACGAGAAGAAACAGCAGAUGGCCCGCGAUUACCGCGUGAAGAUCGAGGCUGAGCUCCAAGAAAUCUGCCACGACGUGCUGGUACGAACACCAAAGGGGCAGCAGGGGAGGGGCAAACAAAUCUUUAACUUUCUCCUGGGUUUCCCCGCUUUGGGGGGCUGCCUCUUCCUGUGUCACAAUAACCUUGUCAUGAAGCACCGCGACAUUCCACCCCGUAGAUCUGAACAAAAAAACGACAAAAAAACAGGCAGUUAUCCUCCGCUUUCUAAGAAAAAAUUGAUCCCCUGCAGUAGUGAAUGUGGCACCGAGCCUGUCUGUAUAUCUGGUAUCUGA